CACACGUGGUGAACGUUUUAUAGGAACGACAUUGCUGGCGCAUAAAAGCAAAAGAGUGUUGUCAGUCGGUGAUGUCUUAACUCUUAAUGUACCUUAAGAAGUCGAUUGAAGGGUUUUGUUGCUCGUCAACUAGGUGACGAAAGCUGUGUCAAACCGUCUCAAUGUCAAACAGUUUCGGGCUACGUGAUUUAUCAGAAGACAUCUAUUGUUCGCAGGUCAAUUCUCUGUGGAUCAGAAUGCAGCAGCGGAAGUUAUUUUUCCCCAGCGACGUGAAAACAGAGACAAGACAAGGCUAGCCAAUUCUUUAUUUCCACAAACUGGGCUUAUAUAGUUUGCUUUCACAACGGCGUACAACGAAUUGCCUAUAGGUUUAGUCGCGUUAAUACAUUAGGCUACAUAUUUUUGGAUGUAGGCAGGCUAUGGAAUUUCUGGUAAUGACGCGCGUGUUUUGGAACUAACUGGAACUGUAUUGGAUUAAAUUGGAUUUGUGCACAUGUUUAGGCCUUGCUCUAAAGGAGAUAAGUUGCAGCCACGGGUUUUACCUAAAAGAAGACCAAACUCCCCCAUUUCCUGCUACCAUUGUCAUUUCAAAGUCACUUUGUCUGCGCCACUGCGAGUUUGGGUUCAUUAGUUCACCCAUUAUGGAAACCUUAUUUAAUGUCUUUAUGCUGGUUGUCAUCCGUGUUUAGUUGGAGAGACGUCACGCGGGCGCUCUACAUUCUUUGCACAAGUGAAACGAGAGAGAGAGCGAGCGAGAGAGAGAGAGAGGAACCUGUAGUCUAUACGGCGCCGAAAGAAGGGCUUGAAAUCAACAACUCCUUCAGAGGGCUGCCUGCUUGCUGGAAAGGAAAAAAAAUAGGCCUGGGAAGUCUACAACUGUUUGGUAAAAAAGAAUGCUGAAGUGAUCUGUCAAGGGAUCCUCUUCCCUGGUCCUCUUUCCUCAAAGAUUUCUGUGAAGGAGAAAUAUAAUCAAGAACGUAUUUGAAAGGACCCUUCCUCAGUCUCAUCUGACCCAGUGAAAGAUUCGGUGCGAUAAGAGAACACUUAAUUUGCUCUAAGCGCAAAGACGGGAAAGGCCAAGUCGGAGAGGAAGAAGACUUUGAUGGUGUGACGGCAGCACAGACUCGGGUUGUUCACUAGAUGAGUGGGUCCAGAUAGCAGCGACUCAUCUGGCGAUUGAAGCUAGCGCUAAAUGAACAGCCACAGAUAGCAGAGGACAUCCGAUCCAAGACAAGAGCGGAGAGCGACGAGUGGCGAGUGGCGUCCGCCAUGAACCCCAGAGACAAUGCGCAGGAGGUGGCAGCGGUCGAGAGGCCCCUCGGACUGGCGGAGCAGCCGGACGACGGCAAGGCCAUGUCGUUUGACUGUAACGUCUGCGGCCGCAGCUUCCCCUUCCAGAGCUCGCUGUCGCAGCACAUGCGGCGUCACACGGGCGCGCGUCCGUACAAGUGCCCCUACUGCAACCACCGCGCCUCCCAGAAGGGCAACCUCAAGGUGCACAUCCGCAGCCACAAACUGGGCGUGCUCAUCCAGCCCGAUCCCGACGACAGUGAGGAGGUCGAUGAGUCAGAGGAAGCCUCGGGGGAGAGCAACGUUUCCGAGGGACUCGAAGGAGGGAACAGCCCCACCAAAAGUAGCUCGGCUUGCAACGGGGUGCUGCACGGCGCGGGGGACGAUCGGGGGGCCAAGGCCGCAAGUCGAGGUGUGAAGCGAGAGAGGAGCGUCGACGCGUCGAGGACGCUGCGCUGCCGACUCUGCGGACAUGAGGUCCAGCGCGAGGACCAGCUGCUUAGCCACAUCGAGAAGGCCCACAUCACGGCCGACGUAGACGACGACGCGUCGCCCACCAGCACGCACGAGGCCCCGGCGGAGCCCGAAGUGGGGGAGGACUUCACCUGCGACACGUGCGGCCAGGUGUUCGCACAAGCCUACCUCCUGAAGGCCCACGUCAAGAAGCACACGGCCGAGCUGGAGCACCGCUGCAAGAUCUGCGGACGAGGCUUCCGCGAGGCCUGGUUCCUCAAGAGCCACAUGAAGACGCACAGCGGCACCAAGGCCUCGGGACGAGGCCGGCCGCGCAGCACCGACUGCGCCGACCCACCGGCCACCAUCAACGACGUGGUGCAAGACCCCGAGGUCAUGGCGGCCACGGGGGCCGCGUGCCUGUACGAGAUCUGCUCCAAGUGCGGAAGCCUCUUCCACGACCGCGAGAGCCUGCGCGAACACAGUCGUGUCCACAGCAAACAGGCCCGUAACCAGAUGUCGCAACGCGACCACGCCACGGACGAAGAAGACUCGCCCGCAGCUAAGAGGCGACUUCUGGAAUACCUUUGCCUGCGGACAGUCGAGGACCGACCCAAGGAAGAGGGGCAGGGGUCCUUGGGCAAGAGGGUUCCCGAGUUGGACCCUGUGUGCAGCUACCAGGCCUGGCAGCUGGCUAACAGGGGUCGGCUGAUGGAGCCGACGGAGUACAACGGCCACUGGGACAACUCCCUAGCCGCCGCCACCGUGACCUAUGACCGGGAGAGUAGCCGCUACGUGCUAGCGGGACAAGAGAGGAAGCCAGGUCGACGCGGAAGCUACGGAGGCAUGGGGAUCGGGGGAGGCCAGUCUUCGCCCAGCGAGCGCAGCGCCCCUGACGAGAGCCCCAGCGACUCGGAAUACCGCCCGUCGUCCCGGCAGGAGAGGCGGCGGUCGACCCAGAGCCGCUCGCACGAGUGCUUCGAGUGCGGAAAGGUGUUCCGCAGCCGACACCAGCUGGGCGUGCAUGAGCGGUCUCACCGCAGAGAGGGUCGAGGCUCAGGCGGCGAUGCGGACUCACGGUCUCCCAGCAGGCCUGGCACUCCACAGAACGACAGCCUCAGCGAGGCUCCCACAGCCAAGCAGGGUACACGAGACGUCACAGAGGAGAAGCCGUACGUCUGCAGCCUGUGUGACUUCAUCACUCCCGAGUCCUCGGUGUUCAUCUCCCACCUGCGCCUGGUGCACCCGGAGCCUAGCCUAGCCCAGGAGCCCGCGGCCCCCAAGAGCACCACCACCACCACCACCACCACCCAACCCUCCACCAGCAGUUCCAGCAGCAGAGGCAGCGGCGGCACUAGCAGCUACCCCAAGCUGAAGCGCGCUCUCCUCCAGGGCGCCCCCCACUCUCCCUCCCCUAGCCGCUCCCCCUCCUCGGAGCGGCCCCUGGCCCCCAACGCCAUCGUGGCCACACACGCCCGACCCCUGACCCCAGCGCCCGCCGCCUGCGAGCCCGCCGUGGACCUGUGCGUGCGGCCAGAGGGCGCCAGGGGGGCUGCGUCCGCUGCCUCCGCCGCCUCUGCCGCCACGCCGCCCGAGGGUCUGCCCAGUCACCGCUGCAUGUACUGCGCCCACCACACCCGCUACCCCGAGGUGCUGUGGAUGCACCAGAUGAUCGCCCACCGGCUCAACAGCAGCGCCCUGGUGCCCAAGUGGGCACAGAAGAGCCAGAAGAACGGCGGCAAGAAGGGCUCGGAGACGCGGAGACGGACGGGCCCUCCGCCGGCGCUGGAGGGCAAGGAGUGUCCCCCGCUCCCCACCAACGUCCGGUCGUCCCGCACACGCCCCCCUGCGAGCUCGAGCGGUGCCGCUGCCAACACCACGACCAACAGCAGCCUGAAGAGAGACAGACCUUCUUCAUCGUCAUCGUCCUCCUCCAUCUCGUCAUCGUCGUCCUCUGCUCAGCCUCGUCCAGGAACCUCGGCGGCAGCGGCGGCCAGCAAGACCACCAGGCCCCCCGUGAGCCGCCAGCGGGGAGAGCCGGAGCAGCCGGAGCCCCCCUCGUCUCGCUCGCGACCCCGGGUGGACCUCUACCCCCGGGUCACUUCGGCCGGAGCCCUGGAGAAGAGCGCUGGCGCCCCCCACAGCUCCGGCAGCAGCAGCGGCGGCGGCGGUGGCGGCACCAGCACCACGAGCCCCAAGCCGGGAGCCCGCAUGGCUGACCGCUACCUCCUCCCCCAGGAGGGCCUCGGCUUCAUGCUGACCAGCAAGCAUGGCUUUAGCGAGUACGGCCGCCCCAAGAACGCCUCGCCGUCCCCUCAGACCACCAAAGCUGCCAAGCCCAAACCCAAACCUGCCGGCCACAGCCAGCCUGCGCACGCUGCCAUCACCUCCACCGCCUCCAUCGCAAACCACCUGUACGGAGCCUCCCAACCACACGGGGGCGCUGCGCUCCUGGGCUUGGGCUCCCCUCACUCUGUCCUGCGCUCAGGGGAGGCCAAGCAGGAGACGUUGGCAGCGGGGGCACCGGCGGACACACAGCUGGAUAUUCUGAGUUUCCUGAAGAACUGCAACUCCCAUGAGCUCGCUACACUGUACCACCGCUGGGGCAUGGCUAACCCACUGCUAGAACAUACAGGUUUGCUGAGGUCGCUGGCCAGACAAGGGGAGUAUGUGUGCCAGGAGUGUGGGAAGAGCUUCAGUCAGCCAAGUCACCUGCGCACACACAUGCGCUCACACACAGUUGUGUUUGAGUUUAAUGGACUGGGAGGUACUGAUGCUCGCGCCACCUCCACUGAAGCGCCCCAACAAGGGAGAGACCGUUCCGCUGCCACCUCUGCCCGUACCGAGCCUCUCAGAAAGGGAAUCUAAAGACGCACGUGCAGAGCGUCCACCACGUGCCCUUCGACAACGCCCUUCACCUGGACGCCGCCCUCGCUAAGCUUGAGCAGUGCCCGGCCGAGGUCCACACACCUACUCCUCCUGACCGCUCCCACCAAGAACAUCAAGCUGGCCAGCCACCUCCAAGCCACUGACAAGACCAACACAGGGAAACGUGAUACUAGAUAAUGAAUCUCUAAAUAACAAAUAAACUGCAUUGUAACCACUGCUACCAAUUGGUUGGAUCCAUGAGUGGUCAGAUCAGUAGAGUACAAAAACAAUGAAGGACAGCAUGGAGGACACUUGCCUGAUAUUGACUGAUGAAGGACUUGGCUGACACUGUGAACUAUUUACUGUUUGGGUUAUUUUAUGACUUUAAUCAUUGCCCAGCUAGUGCCCUUUUUUCCUUGUUUUUUAGAUAAUAAUGAUAAUAAUUUUUAUUUUUCCUUUGAAAACCAAAUGAGCUCACAAACAUGUGUGGACAGCGGAACCCGUUGAACUCUGUGUCACUGAAGUGCUAGUGAAAUGUUUCUGGACUGGCAGAAGGAUUCAAUUCGUCCAGCAUUUGUUUGCAUCACAGGACAAGAUGAAAUGAUCUGCCAUUUUAUGGGGUCCUUAUUUAAGGCCUCUUAAAAAAACAGGGCAUGGAAAAGCAAGUGUCUGUGUGUGUGUGUGUGUGUGUGUGUGUGUGUGUUUGUGUGUGUGUGUGUACAUAAGUGCUCAUUAUGAAAGCGAGAGCUAUUUUAAUGGCUAAUAUAAAUGUGCAUGUGGGCUUAAUGGUCACCUAAUUAUUGUCAAUUUUAAACCGUACCGGUAGAGCUGGAUGUCCUUUUCUCUGAUCCCAAAAGCACACUCAAGCCUUAGUGUUGGGAGGUGAAGAUGACAGUCUGCAAAUGAGAGAGAGAGGGAGAGAGUGUGUGUUUGUGUGUAUGUAUGUGUGUGUGGGGAGGUAGAUCAGUUUUUUUUGCUGGCUGAUGCCAUUGAGCACACUUGAUUUCCCCAAGUCUUUUCCGUUGUCCCACCUCCUUUGCAUUAAAGGCCUUUUCUUGGCUGUUUGGGCUGGUCCAACAGCUCCUCAGUUACCUAAGGAUCAGAAGCCAUCCGGGCGCACUCACUCAUUUUUCCUCUUUGUGAUAUAUCACUGUAGAUUAUGCGUGCACAUUUUAUUUGUAUUUGUAUUUUUUGCUCUGCCGGCCUUGCGUGACUUCAUGCAUGCCAAAUGCCUCCUCAUCAAAGCGUAGAGUGUUCCGCUCACUGGGGUCCACAGAAAGGUGAACCAAACUCAGUCAAGCCACAGUUCAGAAUCCUAUUUAUCUUGAACUCCAAUGAGCUGUGUGGUUCAGCUGUGCACACUUCUGCUGUGUUUCUUUACAAACGGCAAGCGAAUAAUGUUUAAUAAUCAAUAUCCCUGCUGCGGUCAUUUCAUACCUAUUGUUCAGGAUGAGGUGUGUGUGUGUGUGUGUGGGGGGGGGGGGGUAGGUGGUGCGGGGGUACAGUUUCUUCUCAUGUCUCUCUCUGUCUGAAAGAUGAAGUCUACACGGUCAUAUUUGGGUUUGCCCCUCUGAAGUGAACUCUGCCCCUCUGAAGGCCACUCCCCAGAAGAUUAGUAGAUACACAGAUACUGAUGAACACAGAGAAGUGGGGCCUCAUUUCUGGGGAUCAUUAUGAUUUUUAUAAAAUAAUUCUCUUCAUCUUAUUCUCUAAAGCAGGCAACCCCAAGGUGACUUUGAAAAGACUUAAACAAGUUGUGUCGCAAAAACACAAUCAUGUAAGAUUUUGCUGUGUGCAUACAGCAAACGCGCAAGCCAUACAGGCCUUGCACAGAUUUGUAUGUUUUUUGACUGUCUUAUACUUGAAGUAGCUGAUAAUGAUAGCCUACCAAGUAGUCUAAAAUGUAUUAGUUGGGAAUACUAAUGUUUUAUGUACAGAAUAAUAUUAACUUCCCAGAAAAAAAAAAAAUCCUGUUUUCUCUUGUGAAUGGCUAGAUAUGGACAGAUCGGGUGGGAAAGGAGUAUAUUUACAGUGUGCCUGUAUGUCUGUAUCUGUAUGUGUGUGUGUGUGUGUGUGUGUGUGUGUGUGUGUGUGUGUCUGUGUGUGUGUAUGUUUCCCGCUAUUAAUCAAGCCCUUUACAACAUGAGAUACCAAAAUGCAUUAGCAGUUCACCUCGGUGCGCUUAGACUAGGUUCCAGCUUUAGGAUGUCCUUGUUUGUACUGACUCAUUGAGUUUGGUUUCUUUUUCCUUGUUUGGGAAAGCAGAAGGAUGUAUGCUUAAGCACUGUUGUUGUGUCCCUAUUUAGGAGUGCACAGAGGGCAUAUAUGCAUCAUAUUUCAAUCCAUCCUGUCACGUCAUGGUUCAGACCUCAGCCCACUACCUACGCACAGUGGCUUGUCAGGCACAGGCCUCAUUUUGUCCAUGAUUGAUGAACCUUCAUCAAGUCGAAGACAGACGUCGAGUCAGGCCGAAACUACUUGCCAUCAGCAUUUUAGCAAUAAUGUAUUAGGUCCAUGUAAACAUUCCUCCCACACACCCACACCCACCCCCCAACCCCCCCCCCCCCCCCCCCACACACACACACACAUACAUACACACCUACACACACACACACACACACACACACCACACAAUACCUCUAUGUCAGCAGGAUUAUGCUUUGCUUGUAACUUUUCCGUUGACUUCAGGGCAACGUGUCAGUGUGUCCCUCUCUGUUGAGCCUCCUGUUUUGGUUUUGUCGAGCAGCUUGCUUAAGUGCUGCAGCAGAGCGCCUUCUGCCGUGUUACUUGUCAAAUGAAUUGCUAUUAAAACGAGUGCCUGACUGUACAUCCAUGUCAACCUGUUUGUUCAUAGAGUCAAAUCUACUCAGCUACAUCGUUAGAUAAAUUAUAACCAUCACAUCCGUUAACUGACGCAGGGAACAAGCCCUUUGUUUCCACGGGCCUCACACAUACACUGUACCCUAUACUGUAAAGGGACACCUUUUAGUUGCGUUGCAACAGGAGAAUGCAAGAGCUGUGUUGUGAAUCAUGGCUAACGCUGUUAGUCAGCCAUGAUCUGUAGUUGUUUUGUCUUAAUAGAGUCCCACUGUCAGCCACUGAACUGUGACCAGACUCUGUGUAAUGUACAUUAUAAAUAAAGACUCAUUUAAAUGACUUAUACUGAUCUCAGCACAGCUAGUGUUGGCCUUUUGUUUCGCCUGCUCACAAUAGGACUUACUAAUAGAUAGACAAGGGUGCCAUCCCAAAGAGUUUUUUUUUAUUGUUUGUGUGUGCAUUAACAUUUUUUUUGUUUGUUUUGUAACAAAUUACAUUUUAUGGUAGCUAGAUAAUAUUAUUUAAAGUGUACUUGGCUGACUUCUGUAAUUUAUUAUCAAGUCAAAUGGUUCAGCGGAUGUUUGCUGUUUUUUUUAUUUUAUAUAUAUUAUUUGAUUUGAUUUGUACUGCUCCUUAUUAGUUUGUCAGGCCAUCACCAAUGUGAAAAUCUCUACCUCUCCUGAGGCGCUCUCAGUUUCUUCAAUGGUUCGUUUCAUACAUUGUUUCAAAUGUAAUGUCAUUUCCACAUUAAAGAGAUGAAUGACA